GGCGACAUAUCCUCUGCUCCCAGUGAUUCUCAAACACCGUCUGCCACUACCGGUUCCCAACCGGCCUUCACAAAGUCCCAGGCGGAUGCCGUGCGACGCGUCCUGGCCUGUAAAAAUUAUUAUGAUAUUUUAGGAGUAUCGCGCGAUAGCUCAGAAGACCAAAUAAGGCGAGCUUAUAAAAACUUGGCUCUUAAAUUUCACCCAGACAAAAAUCGCGCUCCUGGGGCUACCGAGGCGUUUAAGAAGAUCGGUACCGCGUUGAAUGUACUAACAGACACAGAAAAGCGCCGCAGAUACGAUCAAUUCGGGACAGAAGAAGAGCAACCUCCAAGAAUAACUCGUGUCCACCGACAUGGCGAUGCAUUCUUUCAAUAUGAUGGUAAAGUUGCACCGACUUAUUGCGAGCUAUUAUUGCAGCGGAUGUAUUUUCAAUGUUUUUCAACGGUUAGGCGUGCUAUUGAACCAAACGAUAGCAAAGCUGCCUACCACAAAAAUUGGGUGUGGAUGUUGGUGUUUGGACCACAGGUUCCAAGGACUAAACCACUCUUUAGUUUGCCACAGGUGAAAUUAAUAAAGCGAGUUCGCGGCAGCUUGAUGAACGUCAUAUAUUUGCUGCUGUCCUUCCGCCGCAGAUAUAGCCCUUAUCUCGGAUGCAUAUUCUGCUAUUUUGGUUGUCCUGUUUUACCUUCUAUACCUCGAUUUUCAAACUAUCAAAGCCUAUCAAGAAAGAGCUGUCUCCUCUAUCUUACAUAA